AUGGACGAACGUAAGGCUUACCCAGGACAACGAAAGAAGAUUUCUGGUACAACAUCGCCCAAGACCACUACGGCCAAGAAGACUACGGCCAAGACGACUACAGCCAAAACGACUACGGCCAAGACGACUACGGCCAAGAAGACUGUGGUCACAACGUCUACUGCCACAACGACUACGGGCAAGAUGACUACGGCCAAGACGAAGCGGCAACACGUUCACCCGACUUCCACGAACAAUCCAAAACGUGUUCGAUACAGCAGUCGAGUGACUGAUGAGCCGAUGCCAACCCAGCCUGUACAGCAUGAUACUCAGCUGCAAACACGAUUCGCAGAGAUGGAGCGCGCGCGUAACAACUACUACACAGUGCUGAGCAAAGAGCAGGAUCUCCGAAUCCACGCAGCUUACAAUGGCGGGACUAUGGUCGGUAUUAUCGAAGCUGCUUUGGCCGGUGCGUAG